UGAUGGUAACGUGCCUGCCAUGCAAAGCUAUAGAUGGUUCUUUCGAGUCUGCAACAAUGGCAACUUUCUGUCAUUUGGUUGAAAGCCUGAAACUGUAGUGUCUUACGUGACGAAAAAAUUUGCUGCAGCUUUCGGUUUCAAAGCAUGGCAUCGCUGACACCAGGGGUGUUGUUGAAGCUUCUUCAGAGUAUGAAUUCGAAUGUGAAAGUUCGAGGUGAAUAUCGAUCGAUUCUCCUGCAAGUGAUCAGCAUUGUGCCUGCUUUAACAGGAUCUGAAUUGUGGCCUAACCAAGGUUUCUUCAUCAAAGUAUCCGAUUCCUCGCAUUCGACGUAUGUUUCCCUGUCGCAGGAAGACAACGAGUUAAUCUUGAACAACAAGUUACAGCUCGGUCAGUUCUUCUACGUCGAGAGAGUCGAAUCCGGGACCCCGGUUCCUAUCCUUGUUGGUGUCAGGCCAGUUCCCGGAAGGAACCCUUUCAUUGGCAAUCCCAAGGAUCUGAUGCAGAUGCUGGUUCCAUCAGAGAGUCCGGUGUCGAUAGAUAACGAAGGAAAUAGUAUCGCUUCGAAGGCGAAGGAGCCAGUGGAUGCGAGAGAGGAGAGUCCCAGAAAGAAAAUCGUUAUCAAAGAGGAAAAAGCAAGUGUUGCAUCGAGAUACAUGCAGGGUGUUUCGCCAUCGAAUCCAAAAGCAAGUGCACCAGAUUCGAAUAGCAAUGUCAAAAGCAUUGAGAAUGAGAAUGGUGUUGCGGGUAAAAAGACAAAAAGCAAGCAACAGGAGCCUAAAGGUCAGACACGACCGACAAGUCCUCGUGGUAGGCUGGAGGUGCCGGUUUCCAAGCCUGAGGUUGUUGCAUCCAACACAAAGGAAACUAUGGUGCCUCAGAAGAGCGCAUCUUUAAAACGUUCUUCGAGUAAACACGAACAAACGGACUCGAAUUGUUUGGGGAACAACAAAGAAAAGAGUACUUCAGCUGAAACAGGUUCAUGGAACUCUCUGCCAACAAGUCUCUUGAAGCCAGGAAAGGGAAUGCUCAGAAGAAGAAAUCUAGCUUCUCUGGUUGCAGCAGAGGCUCAAAGGGAAGCAUCUAUGGCAGCAAAUCUUGUCAAAUGUCUUAGCAUGUUUUCCGAUCUAUGCUCUGCCGCCUCACCGGAGAACCCUCAUCUGUCACUCUCCAAGUUCUUCGCCCUCCAACAGCUAAUCGACCAACCGAGUGUGGCAACACAUAAAGAUAAACACCCUCAAUUAUCUAAUCUUCCAUCUAUGAUAGACACAGAAAAGUCAAACAAAAAGAAAGGUAUAAUCCAGGAAAAAAGAUCAUCAAAGUCCACCAAGUCUUUAGUACAGUUGAGUGGAGCCGAGAAGCUCGAAUGGGCCAAAGGAGAUGGUGCGAAAGACAUAAAAGAACUGAGAGAAACCUUGGUGCAUGAAACCAGAACUUGGUUUUUGAAAUUCCUAGAGGUGGCAUUGGAUGUCGGAUUUCGGGUCGAUUCCCAGGAGAAGAAAGGGAAAACCGGUACGGGGCGGUUGACGGAACAGGACAACCACAUUGCUGUCACACUGUCACAACUCAAAUAUGCGAAUGAAUGGUUGGGAAAAGUAAGAAACAGUUUGAGCUCAGACAACAAUGGAAUGAUGGAAACUGUUGAAAGGUUGAAUCAAAAGGUCUAUACUUGUUUGCUUAGCCAUGUCGGCUCGGCAGCCUCGGCUCUCGAGAAUCGACCUUGAUCGCAGUCGAUUCACAGUGAAAAGGGUACGACUUUACAACGUUUAAGUCACCUGGGGUUUGUAAUAACUUAACAGUUUGGGACAUAUAUUUAAGAUCUGGUUUGAUUUAUAGUCAGCCAUUGUGUAUAAAACAAUAAACUCAUUGAAGCUUUCCUUCAA